AUGUCUACGAAGAAACUGGGCUUCUCUGAUAGCAAAGGGGGAAGCAUCUGUGAACAACAGGGCAUUCGGGUUCGGUUUAACAUAAAUGAAGCGGAAGAGGACCGUCGAACUGAACGUGGAAUCGAUGCUCGGCGGGAAAGGAAAGAGAACAAGAAGAUGGCUGACCAGAUUCGUGAGGGCCGCAUCAGGGCGACCUUGGCGAUUAUUCGAAGCAACGCUCGUUCAGAGAGUCUUGCUCGGCUGUGCCGUUCAGACAGGCGUGUUGAAGUUCUAGUCAAUUUGCUUCUCGAUUUGUUUGUUGGCCAACGCCAGACUGCGAGACAACGGUUGGCUGCCUUUCGCGCCGCACCACAGAACCAGUUCACAAACCUUACGCCAGACAUGGAAGCUUCUCUUAUUGCAUUGCAAGUGAAUCCUCGUUUCUCCACGACGUUUUCUGCUUAUCUCCCAUCUACUGUCAUCACCUCUGAAGAUUCGAGCGACGACAGCUCUACCCCUACAGCAAGGCGUGCCAGAAGAAGGCGGCGCCGUCGGCAACGCCAAGAAAUACGACAAGAUGAAGAGAACCGACGACGUGCAAAAUCCUGCAAGUGGGCUUUCACAUUUGAAUCUUCACCAUGA